AUGUCUACUCCAAGGACUCCCACAGCGACACCACUGACUCCUCGACGGGCCUCGAAGAUGGCUUCUAAUCAGAAUUUGAACCAUCUUCUCAACUUUACGCUGCCGCCCCGCCAGUCCCAACCACAAAGCCUACCUCGGAGAAGCAGGAAAACUGCAAACCACGGAAUAUGGAACAGGGAACGUUUCGUCAACCAAUAUCGCUUCAUAAUGAACCCGAAUGGCGACUAUACCGUUCACUUCGCGGACCCUGACAUGCAAGAUACCUUCUCUUUCGUAUUCUUCCAAUGGCAAGACAUCUUGCAGGUCAUAAUUCCUCGUUCGUCCGCCCUGGCAUCGGCUUCAACGGGAGAGAACAAGGAGGGUCAAACAACAUGUCCGAUUUGUCUCUCUCCACCUACGGCUCCCCGAAUGACUAAAUGUGGUCAUGUGUUUUGCUUCCCAUGCAUACUACAUUACCUCAAUAUAUCAGAAAGCAAGUGGGCUCAAUGUCCUAUUUGCCUCGACACGGUCAACGAGAAGCAGCUCAAGGCGGUGAAAUGGUAUGAAGGUCCUCCUCACUCUGAAGACGAGGCGGAAGAGCCCGUUGCUGGCUCAUCUUCCUCUGUCUUUGGGCUAGAGACGCUGAUGGAGGCCUCCCCCCGUCCUGGAUCGACUAUGCGGCUGCGUUUAAUGCAGCGUCCGCAAAUUACAACCCUUGCACUUCCUCGGUCAACAACUUGGCCAUCCGAUCUUUUGCCCCCACACCAAGCCCCCUUCCACUUCCUCCCUGACGUCUUCGAAUACGCUCGAUUCAUGCUUGCAACACCAGCUUACCUUGUCGCUCAUUUGACUGGGGACCUCGAUGAAUUGGCAUCCGAGCGGCGGAUACUUUCUGGGAUGACUGAUGACCUUGGUGUGGUCUUUGUCGAUGCUGCCGAGACGAAGGUCAGACAACAGCUGGCGAAAGCUGCAGCUCUAGACUCUCCAGUGCUGCAAGCAGCAAUCGAUAAAGCAUUGAGAGGCCAACAUGAGGUAGAGACAAGAAUGGCGAGGCGUAAACAAGAGGCGAUCGUUACUGAGGAUGUUCCUCAAGAACUUAUAUCAGCUCGACUCGACUCUCCUGCUCUUACGAACACCAAUCGCAACAGGAAGCGCAACGUCAACCCUCCACCACCCUCUACCUCAACCUAUUAUUAUUACCAAGCCAGCUCUGGCCUCCCAAUCUUCCUUCACCCACUCGAUAUCAAGAUACUGUUGUCUCACUUCAACAACUAUCCUGCCUUUCCUGACACAAUUACCAUACGGGUCGAUGCCUCAGCGGAAGGCACUGUCAACGAUGACUUGCGAAAGCGCUGCAAAUACCUCGCAAAUAUGCCCGAAGGCGCCGAUGUCGUUUUUGUGGAAGCCGAUCUUUCUGAUGUCGUUGGCCAUGCUGGAUUGAAGAACUUCGAGGGUCCCUUGAAGAUGCGAGCAUCCAGGAGAAAGGACAAAGAGCGUAAAGAUGAGAGGGCCAGAAUCCGCGCUGAAGAGCGGGAAAAAGAGCGAGAUCGUCAAGUUGCUUCCAGUAUACCUACCUCGACGUGGAGGUUUGCGAGUGAUAUCGGUUCACCCUUACCGAACGAGGUCGUAUCACCACCAGCUGAAGCUGAGGCUCAACCACCAGUUGCACAGGGUGCUUGGGGUGCUCGUAGUUUCGCAGCCGCAGCUAACUCAACACCGACAACCUCCAAUCCUCGCAAUACCGCUGUGACGUCAUCCCGCGAACGAGAGCGAGAAGAAGACGAGUGGGAUAUGGACGCUGCUUGGCAUGAAUUAGAGACCCGGAUUAGCACAGGGAAUGGAGGGGGUGGGGGUGGGGGUGGCAAGAAGAGAAACAACCGAAUGGUUGUACUGGGUGGCGGGGGACCUGGUGGACGAAGGAGGCGGUAA